AACCUCUUCUUCUCUGGAAGCACAAGAAAAAAACACAGAGACCUCUGCAAACUAAAGAGCUUCCAAAUUUUGCCCGUUUCUCUCCGGCGAUGAAUCUUUCUACUCCUCUUCUUCUUCUCUUCCUGUUCUUCUCGUCGACUCUGUUCUUCACGGUAGAAUCUAAGUGCAGGGGAAGCUGCGGUUUAGCUCUGGCCUCUUACUACCUCGAAAACGGAACAACCCUCUCCGUCAUCAACUUAAACCUCAAUUCUUCACUCGCGCCUUACGAUCAAAUCAAUUUCGGACCGAUCCUCAGGUACAACAGUAACAUCAAAGACAAAGAUCAGAUCGAGAUGGGUACUAGGGUUCUUGUGCCUUUCCCUUGCUCAUGUCAAGAAGGCGAUUUCCUGGCCCACACGUUCACAUACCGUGUCCGAUCGGGGGAUACUUACGAGAAAGUCGCGAAUAGUCAUUACGCGAAUCUCACGACGGUCAGGUCCUUGCAGACGACGAAUACUUUUCCGGCGACUAAUAUCCCGCCCUCUGCGAUGCUUAACGUGUUGGUGAAUUGCUCUUGCGGAGAUGAGAGUGUUUCCAAGGAUUAUGGGUUGUUUGUUACUUACCCUCUUCGUCCUGAGGAUAGUUUAAGUUCGAUCUCGAGCUCUUCCGGUGUACCGGAAGAGAUUCUGCAGAGAUAUAACCCUGGUGUCAAUUUCAGAUCAGGGAAUGGGAUUGUCUUCGUGCCUGGAAGAGAUCCAAGCGGUGCAUUUCCACGUUUCAUAUCAAGUAAACAAGGUGGUAUUGGUGCUGGAGGUAUUGCUGGUAUAUGUGUAGGAGUCUUGGUGGCUCUGUUGUUAAUCUCGUUUGUUGUAUGUUAUGGUUACCGAAAGAGCAAGUCGAAGAAUGGUUUGCUUUCAUCUUCUAUCCCACUGUCUUCUAAGGCUGAUCAGGGUUCUGCAAUUAGCCUCCAAAGUAGCGACUUGGUUGGUACAAGAGCCACUCCUGGCAUUGCUGCCAUAAGCGUGGACAAAUCUGUUGAGUUUACGUUGGAGGAGCUUGCAAAGGCUACUGAUAAUUUCAAUCUGUCUUUUAAGAUUGGGCAAGGAGGUUUUGGUGCUGUUUACUAUGCAGAGCUUAGAGGAGAAAAAGCUGCAAUCAAGAAGAUGGACAUGGAGGCAUCGAAACAGUUCUUGGCGGAACUAAAAGUCUUAACGCGUGUACAUCAUGUUAAUCUGGUUCGUCUGAUUGGCUAUUGUGUUGAGGGAUCUCUUUUCUUGAUCUAUGAAUUUGUUGAGAAUGGCAACCUUGGACAACAUUUACAUGGAUCAGGACGAGAUCCUCUACCGUGGACUAAGAGAGUGCAGAUUGCGCUAGAUUCAGCUAGAGGUUUAGAAUAUAUCCACGAGCACACGGUUCCGGUUUAUGUUCAUAGGGACAUUAAAUCUGCCAAUAUAUUGAUAGACCAGAGCUUCAGAGCAAAGGUCGCUGAUUUCGGUCUAACAAAACUGACAGAAGUUGGAAGCUCAGCUACACGUGGUGCAAUGGGCACAUUUGGUUACAUGGCACCUGAGAUUGUUUAUGGAGAAGUUUCUGCAAAAGUAGAUGUAUAUGCAUUUGGAGUUGUGCUUUACGAAUUGAUUUCUGCGAAAGCCGCCGUUGUCAAAUUGAACCAAUCCAGUGGUGAAUUCAGAGGCCUUGUUGGUGUGUUCGAAGAAGUAUUCAAGGAGACCGGCAAAGAAGAAGCACUACGCAAGAUUAUCGACCCGAGGCUUGGUGAUAACUAUCCGUUUGAUUCGGUAUAUAAGAUGGCGGAAUUAGGGAAAGCUUGUACGCAAGAGAAUGCGCAGCUACGACCAAGCAUGAGAUACAUAGUGGUUGCUUUAUCCACUCUGUUUUCUUCAACCGGAAAUUGGGACGUCGGAAACUUCCAGAACGAAGAUCUUCUCAGUCUUAUGUCCGGCCGGUAAAUUUUGCGGUUUGCUGAUUUAUAGAAAUGAUUGUUUUUUCGUUAACUUAUAAAUUAGUAUUAUUGAUUUUUGUUAGCAACACUCCGUAUAUUCCCCAUACGAACAUUACACGUCACCUGUUGACUUUUGUAUAAUUUUGUAUAACUCAUUGUCAAGUUCGACGUCUACAAUCUCA